AUGAAAUUCUCAACUGUUGUAGCUACUUCUUUAGCUUUUUUGUCAUCUGCUGUCGUGUCAAAAGAUGUUGCUUGUUUAGUUGAUGGUCAGUCUGUUGCUGUUGUUGAUUUAGACACUGGUGUUUGUCCAUUCACUAUCCCAUCGGGCUUACCAGCCCCAGUUUUCACUUACACUGCUGACGAUGACUACGAUGUAUUGUUCUACUACUCCCUUGUCGAAUCUACCAAAUAUUUUACCGAUAUUGUCAAUGCUGGUACUGUCAUCAGUAUUCCAGCUAGGUUAUUGUACGGAACGUCAGGUGCUCCAUUGUACCAAGUCCAAGCACAAGAAGAACCAGCUUCCAACUCCACCGGUGCUAUUAGAAAGAGAUUGAUGAAAGGUAAUGCUUUGACACCAACUCCAUUCAACAAAAGAGACGCUCAAUCAUUGGCUGAUUCUUUGGAAAGCAAAGAUGGUACUUUUAUUGCAAAUUCUGCUUUCGAAGUUGUUGAUGUUGCCGAUGUUUCUUCUUCAUCUAGUGCCGCUGGCGGUGAAACCGGUGUCGAAACCAUUCGUUCAACUACCGUGUUGACUGAAACUGUUGAUUGCUCAACCACAACUGGUACCACUACCUUGCCAAAUGGUGAAACAUCUACAUUCACUUCAUCGUCACCAAUCUUGUCCACUGUCACUGCUGAUGUUACCUCAGUCAUCACCAUCACUUCAUGCCACGAAGAUUUGUGCCACAAGACUACCGUUGAAGCUACUUUAUCUGCCACCACCAAGACCGUUUCUGGUAUUGAAACCAUCUACACUACCUACUGUCCAUUAUCAUCAGUUGAAACACCUGAAUCAACCAAGGUUAUCACCACUACUGAUCACGAAGGUAAGCCAACAACUGUCACCGCCGUUCCCGUUUUGACCACUGAGACUGUUGGAGGUACCGUUACCGAAUAUGUCACCUACUGCCCAGUCUCAACUUCUGCCGGUGGUGCCCCUCCAGCAACCAGCAAGCCAGUUAAAACCACCACCUACACAUCUGAAGGUACAGUUGUCACUUCAACUAUUUAUGGAACUACCGAAGGUACUGCUGGCCCAUCAUCUGUCCCUGUUAAAACUACCACCUACACAUCUGAAGGUACAGUUGUCACUUCAACUAUUUAUGGAACUACCGAAGGUACUGCUGGCCCAUCAUCUGUCCCAGUUAAAACUACCACUUACACAUCUGAAGGUUCUGUUGUUACUUCAACCGUUUAUGGAACUACUGAAGGUUCUGUUGCUCCAUCAUCUGUCCCAGUUGGAACCACCACCUACACUUCUGAAGGUACUGCCGUAACUUCAACUGUUUAUGGAACAGUUGCUGGUGAAGGCGAAGGUGAAACUACUACUGCUGCUGGUCAACCAACCACUGGCGCAGAAGGCGAAAACACCGGAGUCGCUGAAACUCAAACUACUGUUGCUGGUCAAUCAACUACCGCUGCUGAAGGUGAAACUUCAACUGCUGCCGUUUCAACUUACGAAGGUGUUGCUGCCUCCAACGGAGCUACUUACUUGGCAUUAGCCUUAGUCCCAUUGGUUUACUUCAUUUAG